UCGGCGGCGGUGCUCGCCAUGCAGGGAGCGGAGAGCCUUCCUCUCAAGGACGACAGCGCAGGCACCAAGCCUUGGUUCUGCCAUGGCCUUGGCUGCCCGUCCUUCACCGUCCUCUCACGGAACGACAGCGUCGAGUUGAGGAUGUACGAGGAGAGUUUGUGGGCGACGACCAAGGUUCCGUGCGGAGCAGGAGGGUCGUCCUUCGACAGCGCGAAGAGGGAAGGGUUCAUGCGACUGUUCCGCUACAUCAGCGGCAACAACUCCGAGCAUGCCAAGAUCGACAUGACAGCACCCGUCCUCAUCCGAGUCGACAAGGACGCUACGGGAGGCUACUCUGAGAUCUCAGUCUCUUUCUUCAUGGCCAAUGGCAAGCAGGAAUCACCCCAGCCUGGCAACAGUCAGAUCUUCCUCGAGCAGCUGCCCAAGAUGCAAGUCUUCGUCUCCCAGUACUCCACUCUUCCUCCGGGGCCGUCGGAGGGGCGGGUGUUCAAGGAGGCAGAGGCACUGAAGUCGGGACUGGCCCCGGGCACGUACGAUGAGCGCACGUUCUUCGACGUCGAGUACGAUCCUCCCUUCCGCAUCUUCGGUCGGCACGACGAGAUCUGGAUC